AAAGUUUGUCAAAAUAGGUUGCAGUUGUAGAAAUAGAACACGUCUUCAAAUAUAUCCUGCACAUACCCCAUCGAGCUACCGCCGGCAUAUAUUUCAGUCGUGUUGCAUGACAAACUGAGAAUUUUGUAUCUCCCCCGAGCUCGGCAAAUCGAGAAAAUUAUAGGACUUUCUCCAUGGAUAAAUGUCUCUCCAUACUUGUCAUGACAGGUUCGUCGUGGUGGCACACCCAGAAUAACCCUACUGUUAUCUAACCUGUACAAACCUUUCCCUUCUUUUAUAUACAGGGUCAAAGGGCGGUGUGCUAAUAAUAAUGUGCUGCCCACACGACUAGGGCGUGUAAGGAAGUUAUGGACAUGGUUAUAAACACGGCAUUUUACUGAUCCCUUAACACUGUUCAAGGAAUCGUGGCUGCUACUCUACCUUAAAAAUGCCUGCUAAGAAAGUGUGCAUCGUUGGAUCUGGAAACUGGGGCUCUGCGAUAGCCAAAAUCGUUGGUCACAAUGCAAAGGGAUCCAACAGGUUUGACCCCAUUGUUAACAUGUGGGUGUUUGAAGAGAUGAUCGAUGGCAAAAAGUUAACAGAAAUCAUCAACACAGAGCAUGAGAACGUCAAAUACCUACCKGGUCACAAGCUUCCCAAAAAUGUGGUUGCUGUUCCAGAAAUCACAGAAGCGGUGAAAGGGGCCAGCAUACUGAUCUUUGUCAUUCCACAUCAGUUCAUUGGGAGGCUAUGUGAUCAGAUGAAACCUCAUCUUACACAGGGAACCAUUGGGAUAUCCCUCAUCAAAGGCAUCGAUGAAGGCCCCGAGGGCUUGAAGCUCAUCUCUGACAUCAUCCGUGAGAAACUGGAAAUCGAGGUUAGCGUCCUGAUGGGGGCCAACAUUGCCAACGAAGUGGCUGAUGAGAAGUUCUGUGAGACCACAAUUGGAGCUAAGAACGAAGCAAACGGACAUAUCUUUAAAGAGCUGCUGCAGACUCCCAACUUCAGGAUCACCGUGGUGCAGGAGAGUGACACMGUAGAACUCUGUGGGGCUCUCAAGAAUAUUGUAGCGGUGGGCGCUGGGUUCUGUGACGGUCUGGGCUUUGGGGACAACACCAAGGCUGCAGUGAUCCGGCUGGGGCUGAUGGAGAUGAUCGCCUUCACCAAGCUGUUCUGUAAGGGCCAGGUUUCCUCCGUGACCUUCCUGGAGAGCUGUGGGGUCGCCGACCUGAUCACCACCUGCUACGGGGGGCGCAACCGCAAGGUGGCCGAGGCCUUCGCCAAGACGUCCAAGUCUAUUGAAGAGCUAGAGGCUGAGAUGCUCAAUGGCCAGAAGCUCCAAGGCCCACAAACCUCCGCUGAGGUGUUCAAAAUUCUCAAGAAGAGAGACAUGAUCAGCAAGUUUCCGUUGUUUGCCUCUGUGUACCAGAUCUGCUUUGAGGGAAAAGCUGUGCAGGAGUUUAUCACAUGUCUGCAGAGCCACCCUGAACAUAUGUGAUCACUCUGGAACCUGCAGCCAUGGAACCUGCAGCUCCUCCAAUGGUGUAGAGUGAAGUUGCCCCUAGAUGCUGAUCUUGUCAGUUUUGCAUUCCCCUAUGGUUAGGUUGGGAUUGGAGAGGGGAAGCUGAUCCUAGAUCUGUACYWAUAGGGCAACUUCACCCCCGGAGCCACUUCCAGUAGCACCAUCAUACCAUCAGAGGGCAGCAGUGCUGCAUAAAUGUUUAUUCAUWACACUGUAACUACCUAAAAAUGUAACUGUAACCACUAAAUAUUCCUUAUCAUUUGAUACUAAGUCUGAAGAACCACUACUUAACGUACUUUGUCGCAUGUUCAWAUGUUUUUAUGUUUUGAUUGUGUGUCAGCUUAUCAACUAAACUAACUACACUUGACAAUGUAAAGUAAUCUUUGUUGGUUACAAAAAUGUUUUCUAUUCAUUUAACAAUUUUACAAUUUGUGGAACAAUUAUUCUCAAAAUAAUAAUUUUGAGUGAAAAACAAA